ACUUUCUCUAAGUUAACAAAAUCAUUAAGGUCUAAGGUUCCUUCUAAAGGGGCCUUAAAUUUCUUUCAAGUAUUAGUUGGUUCUUCCUCAUCUUCUAAUAAUAAUCAAGUAGGAUCAUGUGCUGAAACUAAAAGAUGA